AAGGAUCAUUCCUAUUCCUCCUUUGCUGGUUUAUCGUCUCACAAGAAGAUGCCCGCAAAGAAAAAAGUUUGCAAAGAAGAAUGCAAGGAUUUUGUUCCAUCCCACAUUGAUGUUUUUUCCCUUGAUCAUCCUGGGAAUAAGGAAGUAUCAGAAAAAAUCCUGACUACAUUCCAAAAGAUCGAUCCAGAUAAGCCAUCACCAGAUUUACCAAGAGAGGAGGGAAAGCCAUGGGCUUGCCUAAGGUGUACUUUUGUCACAACCUGUCGGAAGCGAGCAUUGCUUCAUUUUAGGUUAGCGCAUGAUCUGAGAGAUUUAUGGUCACGUUUUCACAUUUGUCAGAUCAUGCCCGAGAAAGGAAAAGAGAGCGAAGAGAUGCAGAAUCAAUACCGCCUCCACCGGCCACUUCUUUGUGUGCUUUGUGGCAGAGAUUAUGUCAACAAGUCGGCAGUGUACCACAUUACCAAAGAUCACCCAGGAAUAUCCAACAAACAGAUUCCUCUUGUCAUCAUUAAAAAGGAAGCUGGUCCUAAAUUGAUUAUUCUGUACUUGUAUGGUAGACCACCCAUCACUUACCUGCUUGACACCAAAGGCCGAAUUCACGAAGUCAAGAAGAUUGACACUUCCUUACUUAAGCAGAAAGUAUCAUUUGCCUUUCAAGAAAUCAAACCGCCUGUUCCUAUCAGUAUCGAUGGUGAGCCUAAGGAAGAAGAUGAAAAUGAGACCAGCCAAAGAUACCAGGUUGAAGUCUUUAUGUAUGGAUGUUCCCUGGCAGAAGAUCAGCCAGGAGGCAUAUCUGUCCUUCCUGGCGACGAGGAAAAAAAGCCUCCCGAAGAUUUGUCUAAACUUCGCACCAAACUCCUGGAGAGGAUCAAUACAUGCAAUACAUUACCGACUAAAAAGUCGAAAAUAAAUGCAUCCAGUGAAAUAAAAUACCCCAGGUACACUUGCAAAGUUUGUCAUGCAGCAUCCAAUUCCAAGAACAUUCAGGAGAUGCACCACAUUACACAUCCAAAACAAGUCGGCAAAUGGGAAUGUACACUUUGUGGGGAUCGCUUCACAAAAGCCAAUCUCAUCCUCACACACAUAGGAGUCUUUCACGAUCUGCUCGCAAAUCAAGCGCUGUCCCAUAUGAAAGCUAUUGGAGUCGAAGUUAAUGCAAAACAACUAUUCGACCAACAGACAUCUAAACAAGCAGAUGGCGAGGAUGAAGGAACACUUUCUGCAUAUCCUGAAGGAACGAACGUUUCUGAUAGCGAAGGCCGUGAAAGCAAGUCAUCAGAGUUAGAAAAGCAUGUUGAUGAAGCAAAUUGUAAUCUUCCCUCCACUGAAGAAAUGGACGUUUGGAAGAAACAACUUCAGAACAUUAAAAACUGUGAAAUAUGUUGCAAGCCAGUGAACAAUGAUGCAGCAUUGAUGAAGCACAUGAGGUUAGCGCACAAGAUCCGCAACUACAGAUGUCCUGUCUGUAGCACGUCUUUUAUCUCUUAUAGCUACCUUGUUUACCACAUGGAAGAGACGCACAUGGGUAGUUUAAACAAUGAGAACUAUUUGUGCACUUCGUGUAGUCGGGUAUUCACGUGCAGAAACGAUUUCGUCCGUCACUCCGUAAACCAUAUUAAAGACAACUUCAAAUGCAACAUAUGUAAUGAAACUUUGUUGUCUGCAGAUAAACUAAGUCUUCACGUCAAAACCCAUUAUCCUACAAAGGCACUGCUUGAUACACCUUACUUCUGUCCAAUAUGCAACAAGGUCAUCAGGGAGAGAAAGAAGGUAGAGAUGCACUUGAUUACACAUUGUACCACGAUGAUAGAAGCAUACAGGUGUACGUUGUGUACUAAAACGUGCGUUACAGAACAAGGUCUGCGAACGCACAUGAAGGGACACAAGGUCAAUAAAGAGAUGGUCUGUCAUAUAUGCGGUAAAGUCUUCAAGCGUCCACACCGUCUGCGAGAUCAUUUGCGAAUGCACGAAAAUCCGGACCCUUUUAAGUGUCGAAUAUGUCAAAAGAUGGUCUGUUCAGAGGAAGGAAUGAAACGGCACAUGGAGAACGUUCAUUCAACGACACGGAAGAAGGAAGUGGUUUGUCAUCUUUGUGGUAAAGAACUCGCCAGCAACUACUCCCUGACCAUGCAUUUGAAACUGGUACAUAAUCCCAACAAGGUUAAAAAGAAGUUGAAAAGUCGCACUUGCCAAUAUUGCAAUAAAGUGUAUUCUAAACCCUAUCAGCUGGCCCAUCACAUCGAUGUUCAUCAUGCUGGACGCAACUUCUACGCCUGUAAAUACUGCGGGGAGAUAUUCAGUAGUCGCUCGCUGUACAGGCGGCAUAUUGAUAUACAUCCAGAAUUCAAGCCCUGGCGAUGUAACCAUUGUACUGAAAAGUUUGUGUUUCAGAAAAGCCUUUUAGACCACGUCGCAAAGAGUCAUCCUGGACACGAAAAUGCAAAACUGGAAAAGCGAUUUCUAUGCAAAAUCUGUGGGAACACGUAUGGUAAGCUUUGGUCACUGCGGAAUCAUCUUGACGUUGAACACAAUGAUCAACGCGAACUGGCCAAUUGCGAAAAGAUAAAGUAUUACUGUCCCUUCUGCAAUCGUGGCUUUCUGUAUAAAACUGGGCUGGAUAUCCACAUGUCCAAGGCACACAAGGAGAAAAUGAACGCCGCCGAGGCUGAGGUUGAAAUGGUCGCCGUGGAGGCUGUUGCUCACGAGGAAACCGUAGCUCUCGUGCAGGUCGGGGAAGACACAUGUAUAAUAGAAGCCCCAGCUACUAUUACACUAGAACAAGAGGCAGCCGUUCAUCUUCUAAACCAGCUUCAGUUCCAAGUUGAACAGAAUUAUGUCGUGCAGUAGAAAUUUCAGAUGCUCGCCAAAUGACCAAGGGGAAGCUUACACCAUACCGUGGCGUUUCGUCCGUACGUCAACGAUUUCGUCAAACGACAUCUUCAUCUUAAUCAAUGAUUGGGAUGGAACUUGCAUGCUUUUUGACAGAAAUAAUCCCCAUGUGGUUGUGAUUCAAAAUUGUGCAAAUGGCAGGGCUGACACCCUAGAGGGCCGAGUGGCGGGACCAAAAGGGAGCAGUUGGGACAUAUUGCUGUAAACGACUUCUCAAAACCACGCACUGGAUACCAUUCAUAUUUGACUGGAGCAUCCCUAGAUGAUGGUGGCGGUUCCAAAUUGUACAAAUGGGACGGCUGAGGGGCUGGGUCUAAAGGGGGCGAUUUGACCAUAUUGCUAUAGGCAUGCACUGACAUGAUUGUUAUGUCACCAUGACGUCAUUGUAUUGUUGCCAGCACGCGAUACAAAUAUAUCUGUCAUACCCUAGAGGUUGACGAGAAAUCGCACCCUAAUCGGUGACGGAGAAAUCUUGAAAAAGGGGAAACGGUAGACAACUCAGAAUGAUGGGAGUAAGGAUCUACACCCUAAGGUUGCCUGUCCCCAAAGGAGCAGAGAGGAAUAAGCUGUAUGUAGCCUGGUAUUGAUGUCUGUGUAAACUUCAUCUUAACCGCAUCAUAAGAUUAUGUGACGGCAACAAUAUUUCCUUUCCAAAUUUGGUCAAAUAAAUGUGUUUUGGGGAAUCGGUGAAAAUAUGGCAGUAGCAUUGUACAACCUAGUAGAAAGACGGACGAAUGAUUUGAGGCCGUAUAAUACAACUGAUAGCAUUAGUGAAGAGUGUUACGUAUCAGUAUAAUUCGAAUGACCCCAACGCUUCACCACGCAAUGAUUAAUAGCCUCCUGAUAAGAGGAGAGUAAACAGUCUCGGUUACUGUGCCAACUUGAGUGAUGUUGCACUUGCUACUGUGCGAUGAGUAACAAAGAAACACGAUUUGCACCAAGCACCUUAGCAUAGUAAAGUUUUAAACCAACCAUCGUGAAAAAUACUAUAUAUAAUAUAGCUAUAUGUCCGUUGUUUCUACGUAUAUCAGAAAAUUAAACGCGGGAAAAGCAUGUAAAACAUUAGAUGAAAGAGCUGGCAAUUGCCAACUAGUAUAUGAAGUUUACAGAACUUCCAUUAAAAAAAGAAAAAUUAAUUGGAAAUUUGUCAAAGGCAUGAAAUACGUAGUAAAAAUAUCAUGUGUCCGAGUAAUUUGUACACGUCUCUCUAGUUCACUAUGAAAUGCCUCUAAACAUGACGAUUUUCCAGAUCCAACACCUUUUCGAAGCCUUUUAGGACGUUUACGGUAACAAUCUGUUUUGAAUGACCGAUCAUGCCACUGUCAAAUGAUUUAUUUUCGUGCUGUAUAUAUCGGUGGCCGAGUGGUUAAGGUGUCCC